AUGCGCCUGUGGACCCCCGAAAGCCUCCUGUAUCCGGUCACGGUCACGAAACUUCUCCGCAAACCCGGCGAUGAAAUCGAAAUCAACGCGCCGCUCUUUGUCUACGAGUACAAGAGCACGCAGCUGGAAUACAACGAGGACAAUCGCGAGGAUGAGCGCGAGUACAUACCUGUGACGCGCACGUGGCCGGCGAACUUCGAGAGUGAGCUGGAGGGCAAGAUUGAAACGCUCGAUGUGCGCGUUGGACAAGUCAUUGCGAAGCGGACGGCAGUCGCGCAGAUUGAAGAGGCAUGCACCCAUGAGUCGCAGUUUGGAGGCAUGUGCAUCGAAUGCGGGAAGGAUAUGAGCCAGCGGACGACGUACAACCAAACAGUAGCGGGCACGUCGCGGGCGACGAUCAACACCGUGCAUGGAAGGACGGAAUUGUUGAUCUCGGAGAAUGAGGCUGCAAAGAUUGACGAGGAGCGGAGAAAGAGACUCUUGGAUAGCAGGAAGUUGAGCUUGGUGGUGGAUCUUGAUCAGACCAUCAUCCAGGCCAACGUGGAGCCCACCAUCGGCGAGUGGAAGAACGAUCCCACAAAUCCCAACUGGAAAGCACUGCAGGACGUUUGCCAGUUCCAGUUGGCGGACGAUGGGAGGACGUGGUACUAUGUGAAGCUACGGCCUGGCUUGAAGGACUUCCUCAGAGACAUGUCGGAAUUAUACGAGCUGCAUAUCUACACCAUGGGAACAAGAGCAUAUGCUGACAACAUUGCUAAAAUCGUGGAUCCGGACAGGAAGGUCUUUGGAGAUCGCAUAUUGUCAAGAGAUGAGAACGGCAGUAUGACGGUGAAGAAUCUGAAGAGGCUGUUCCAUGCCGAUACGCGCAUGGUCGUUAUCAUCGACGAUCGCGCUGAUGUCUGGCAUUGGACGCCGAAUUUGAUCAAGGUCAACGCCUUCGAGUUCUUCCCUGGAGUCGGUGACAUUAACGGCAUGUUCUUGCCCAAAAGACAGGAGUUGGAGAAGUCGGCACCCAUGGAACGCGUGCCAUCGAAGAGGCCCGCCGAUAAUGCGACGACGGAUCCCACAGCCCAGGCCAACGGCGAAGUCUCAGCCAUCGACCAAAUGGUAUCUAUGGCAGGAAAGCAGGACGCGAAGAGUGUGAAAGAGAAGUCGGAAGCACAAGAACAGGCUAUUGCCGCACAAGUCGAAGAUCGGCCACUGCUACAGAAGCAGAAGAUUCUGGACGAGCUCGAGAACGAAGCUAAGGCGUCUCCCGCCGCUGAGGCAGCUGCUGAAUUAUUGGCGGAGAACGGUGAGAUCAAGAAGCAAGCACUGACCGAAACACCAAACGUUCACAAGUACCGAUCAAACCUUCUUCAAGACGACGAUGAAGAAUUGUUCUAUCUGGAGAAACAUCUUCGCGGGAUUCAUACGGCUUACUACGACGAAUUCGACUCGACUUCCACGGGCACGAAGGGCGGUCGUGUUGCUGAACUGCGCCCAGGACACGCCAAGAAGCGCUCCAUCGAUGAGGUUCAUAGUAUUCCCGAUGCUGCACCCAUCAUGCAAUCGAUGAAGGCCAAGGUCCUCGCGGGCGUGCACAUCGUCUUCUCGGGUGUCAUCCCUCUUGGCCAAGACCUCAACACAAACGACACAGCCAUUUGGGCCAGAUCCUUUGGGGCCAAGAUCACGGAGAAUAUCACCAAGAAGACGACACACGUCAUCGCGAGUCCAGAACGACGGACGGCCAAAGUUCGCCAAGCUGCAAAGAAGUCUGGCCGCAUCGCCAUCGUCAGCCAGAACUGGCUGAGCUCGUGUUUCAUGCAGUGGGAGAAAGUCGACGAGUCACCCUAUCGGAUCCACUCUGAUGCGCCUGUCAAUGGCGCCGCGGGUCUCCCGGAGACAUUCGAGGGCAAGGGAUACGAAUUAUCGUCUUCCGAUGACGAGGCCGCGCACACCGAGACGGAGGCUGAAGAUGAACAGAACGGCGUGCCUAGCCUGUCCCUCGACACCGACACGGACCCCGAGACAGAGGAGCUGAAAAAGUACAUGCCGUCCGAUCGACAGGACAGUUCGCCCACGGAGCUGGAAGUCCCAGAUCAAUGGGAUGAUUUUGACGCCGAGCUGGCCGAGUUCAUGGCCAGUGGCACAGAAGACGGGACCGAGACGGAAGAUGAGCUCGGGUACGACACCGAUGGAGGCGGCAGCGAUACGGACAGCCGAGGGGAGGGCCUGGAGACUUCAAGGCUACAGAAGAGAAAACGGGAGGCAUUAGAGAGGACAAGUAGUCUGACAAAGGUUGUCGGCACGACGACCCCAGGGAGUGAUCCAGUCGAGCACGAAGAUGGCACAGGCAACGAAGCGGCAGAGGAGAGUGAGGGCGAUGAAGACUUGGAGGCGAUGUUGGCCGCAGAGAUGGAGAGGCAGAGUGAGGAUGAUGGAGAUGACGAGGACGACGAUGAAUCGGCUGAGAAGAAGGGGAACUAG